GCUCCUCGGCAGUUAGCAUUCGGGCGCCUAACGAGCUACAUAUCCUCGGUGGAAGGAAAAAGAGAAAGAGGGAGAGAGAGAAAGAAAGAAAGAGAAAGGGAAAGAAAGAGAGAGAGCGAGCCAAAAGCCGGACCGGCUCGUUGCGUCUUUUUUUUUUUUUAAAUAACUACCACACACACACACACUUUUUACCGAGCUAACCAACCAACCAUAUACAACGACGCAACCGAGCCAAAAAGACUUCUUUCAUCGGCUUGUUCUUCUUUUUUGUUUUUUUUUGUUUCGCAAGUUAAUUAUCAAAAUAUAUAAAUAUCUACGCACUUCCCCUCCCUGUCGCCGUCAAACGAGGAUCUCUUAGAUAAAGAGAGGAAAAGUAAUAACGAAGAAAGAAAAGUGUUGUUGCACUUCGUGUACGUGCGCUCCGAUCACCACCCCCCCCGCCGAACAACCGACCGACCGACCGACGACCGACCGCACGCACGUCCUCCCGCCAGCAACGAAGAAUCACGAAGAAGAAAAAAAAAGGAAGAAUUAAUAGUUUAACCUCGAAUUAACAUAUCUACCGAAGGACGAUUCUUGGAGGUGGUAGAAUUUCAAUCAGAUUUCCGAAAGGACAUAAAUUCAUAAGAAGAAGAAACUCAUCGUGACAAUUUUAUCUCGAAAUCAUCUUCAUCAUCAUCAUCAUCAUCAUCAUUGACGAAACGUCCAUCUCAUCCAUUUUCUUCUUUUUUUCCUUUCCUUUUCAUUUUUCUUUUCCUCUCAAAUUUUUUCCUAUCUUACUAAGUUAAUUACUUAUUUUUAAUAUACACGUCGCGUCGUCGCGCAAAAAACUUUUCGCGUACUUGACGUGUAGUGUUUUCGAUGUAAACGCUCAACGACGAGGCCUAACGUCGGAGUGUCAGUUUUUAUAUAUAUAUAUAUAUUUAUAUAUAUAUACAUACAUACAUACAUAUAAUACAACAGAGACAUAUAUAUAUACACAUUUUUUUCCUCUCUUCGUUUCUCUUAUGUCCUUUGAAGUUUUUCGUUCUGAGAACGAAGAUUAACGCUUCGGUCUUUGUUUUUGCAUCAUAGAAAACAAAGAAGAGAAAGAAGAAAAAGGAGAGAAUAUUCUUUCUAUAUAUAAAAAAAAAAAAAAUAAAAAAAAUAAAAAAAAUAAUAACAAUAAUAAAAAAUAAUAAUAAUAAUAGUAACAAUAAUAAAAAGACGAAGUAAAAAGUGUUGAAGUCGAAGAAAAGAAGAUAGAAAAGGGGAAGAGAGAGACUGACGGAUACUUAGUGUUUUUGUGCAAAAAAAAGAAGAAAAAGAAAGGAGGGAAGGAAGGAAGGAAGAAAGAAAGAAAAAGAGAAGAAAAUUGAAGGAACAUGUCGACCGCCGUCAUGAGUACGCCCAUGUUCGAGUGCAACGAGGCUCUCUUUAAGAACACGACCUCUGCGAAGAGCAAGGACACGGGUACAAACAAUGCAACGUCGGUAUCAUCGGCAAACAACAACAAUGGCGCGAACGGAGGUCACGCGCCUUUACGUCGAAGCUAUACUUCAUUAGUAACGACAUUGAUCGAGCAACAUCGUAAACUUGACAGGAGUGCGAGCGAGCCAACGUCUCGUUACAAGACGGAACUUUGUCGACCGUUUGAGGAAAGCGGAGCCUGUAAAUAUGGGGACAAGUGUCAGUUCGCUCAUGGAUAUAGCGAGCUACGAAACUUGGCUCGUCAUCCGAAAUAUAAGACAGAAUUGUGUCGUACCUUCCACACGAUUGGUUUCUGCCCAUACGGACCACGUUGCCACUUUAUUCACAACUUCGAGGAGGCUCGUAUACACAAUCAGAAGGUGAGCGCACAGCUAGGCUCAUCGCAGCCCAACAUCAUGGGUUUGAAUCCGUUGUUGGGUGCCGCUGCGGCAGCCGCGGCAGCCGCAGCAGCGGCCGCGGCCGGUGGUAAUACCGCCGGCGUCACGGGUGGUAAUAGCAACGGGUGUAACACCAGUACCGCAGCAGUCGCGGCAGCAGCCGCAGCAGCAGCCGCAGCAGCCGGUGCUGCUACGAAUGCACCUAAUAACGCAACCGCCGCCGCAAAUUCCGCCAAUCUUAGCGUUGGUCUGUUGGAACAGAUAGCUGCCGCAAGCUCUUCCCAAGUAGCUGCCGUAGCCGCAGCAGCAGCAGCUGCCAAUUCACCGCCGAAUCUAAUGAGAACGAAUUCUCUUAGUUUGGCCGCGAGCACGGCCAAUGCUGCCUUUACUCCGCCGCCUUUGCUCCGAACAAAUUCUCUUAGCCUUGCCUCAAGUCAUCAUCACCAUCAACAACAUCACCAUCAACAUCAGCAUCAUCAACAUCAGCAUCACCAUCAUCAUCAUCACCAUCGUCAAACAGCGGGUGGUGCAAACGGUGCUGCUGGUGGGAGUUCUAUCGUUGGAGCUACCAGGCCAAAACCACUCAACCUUAGUCCGACAUUUUCUCUCGGUAGCACGGCAGACUCCGUUUCGCCGUCAUCGAGUCUCAGCCAAUCUCCCACAAAUUCAAUGGCAAGUUUCUUCAGCGACGACUCGACGCAGCAACCUAACGUAACCAACAAUCUACCGACAACACCUUUCAGCUUCGGUCAGGAUUUUGGGAUUCUCGCAACACGACAAACACCAAGUCCACGUACGAACGUUUGCAGUCCACUCGGUUCUGAUGAGAUCACCACACCAAGAACACCCUCACCGUUAUCGCCUAACGCUGAGUCAAGGUUGCCUGUAUUCAACAGGAUCAGCAGCACCUUAGGUGACUUCGACAACCUUAAGAUCUAAACUCCCUUCUGCCGCUGUGUUUCUUUGCGCGAUCGAAAGAAAGACAAGAACAACAAUAACAAUAAUAAC